AUGGCUCCUCCAUUGAAGACUGGUAGUCGCAACAUCUCUUACACAUUUCUAAAUCCGAAUCUGGAUUCUCUCGAGUGUUUGGUUAAGAAGAUCACGCCGGAUGAAACAACCAGGUUCCGUGAAAAGUAUGGGUAUAUUCUGAGUCUCCUCAAGAUGCCGUUCACCAAAUAUGAGCAAGAAGGAGUUCAUACCUUGCUUCAGUUCUACAACCCUUCUCUCCGUUACUUCACGUUCCCUGACUACCUUUUGAUUCCCACAUUGGAAGAAUAUUCUCUUUUCCUUGGUGUUCCGAUCAAGAAGGGGGAAGUUCCGUACUAUAGCACCAUGGAGGCUCCCACUUCUAUUGAAAUCUCCAAGGCUCUUUAUUUGAGCAAGUCAGUUGUUGAUGCAAAUCUUUCCGAGAGAGGAAAAUGUCAGGGUUUUCAUAUGGAGUUCCUGGUCAAAAGAGGGUGUGAUGCGGCUGAAGCGAAAGAAUGGGACACUUUUAGGGCUAUCUUGGCUCUAAGUAUCUAUGGUAUCUUAAUGUUUCCGAACGUGCCUGAUUUUGUUGACAUGAGUGCAAUCCAUUUGUUCAUUCUACAGAAUCCUGUUCCUACACUCUUGGGGGAUGUUUAUCAUUCAGUUCACCAAAAGAACCGUCAAAAGAAGGGUUUGGUCAGAUGUUUCGCUCCUUUGCUAUACCGUUGGUUCAGAUCACAUUUGCCUGAACGUGGAGCUUUCGUCGAUAGUAGGCACACCUCUAAAUGGGCUGAAAGGAUUAUGGGACUUAGAGCCAAAGACAUUGUAUGGUAUAACAGAUCUUUGGAAGACAAGGAAGUUAUUAUGAGUUGUGGAAAGUUCAAUAAUGUGCCCCUCAUGGGUAUUAGAGGUGGGAUCAAUUAUAAUCCCGUCUUGGCUAGGAGAACUUAUGGGUAUGCUUUCGUCAAUCCUCCUGAGCAAUCGGAGAUAGCUGAGAACAUUUUCUAUCAUGUGGUCACCGACAAUGGGCAGAUGGCAGAAGCUGUACAAGCCUGGAAGAACAUUUGUUGGAGAGACAAGAAGCAUUUUGGUCAAAGGGACUGUGCGACUUAUGAAGACUAUACUAAGUGGGUCGAAACGGUGGCUAAUACCCAAGGGAUGCCUUUCCCUAUUAAAGAUCCUUUGUACCCUCCUGUUGGCGCACAACCCAACAUCGUCUCCAUGCCUCGUUAUAAUGAGACUGUUGAGCAGAAUCGGAAAUUGACUGAACAGAUGGAGACAAUGCAGGGAAGCACUUCUCAAAAGAGGCCGAGAAUGGUUGUCGAUCCCAAGUCCACUAAGAUUCAAGAGAGGAAGAUCAAAGAGCAUUAUGAGGAUCAGUUGGCGGAAUUGACAAAGAGGCUCCAAAUCCAGACUGAUAUAGCCAAAUCAGAGAAAGCCCGUCGAAAGAAAGCAGACAAGCUCCUUCUGGAACGUCAGGCAAAGAUUGAGGGGUGUUAUGAAGAGAUUCGCGAGUUGAAAGGCCAGAUAAGAGAAAAAGACCAAGAAAAUGUCCAAGUUCAAGAGGAAGCUAGAUAUUGGGAGAAUCACCACCAGUCUUGUUGGAUGGGGUUCUUAUUUCCAUUUUCUGUAUUGUUGGCUCAUGAGAGCAGGAUAUUUUGUACUUCAAACAUGGUUGUGAAAUUAAUGGAUUAUGGUUGUUUAUCUUGGUUGCGCUUUGUUAUUUCUCAUUAUCUUGUAGUGCUGGUUCGAGACAAAGCCGAAAAUUCUUGA